GUUUGGACUCUCACAGGGCUGGAGCUAGGAAACAGGAGCUGAGGUCCCCUGGGUCAACCUGGGAUUGGCUACGAGCGUUGUCUUUGGUGUGUGAUCUAAGGUCUAACUUGCCUGGCAAGAUAGACUGCACUGCCCCCAGGGGCUGUGACUCCACAAUAAGACUGUUACAGUGCUUCAGGAAUUCACUCUUAUUACUGGGGAGAGCUGCUCGGAGGCUCAGCGGUUAUAAAGCUCACCAGCUCAGAGUUGGGAGAGGAAAAAGCUCAGAGCGAUGGCUUUAGACCAUAUUUACAAGAAGUGUGAAGAGUCCGACCGAGUGGCGCUCAAGGAACAAGAGGCAGAAAUAGCAUCUGAAAGAGAAGGGAGUGCCUGGCUGCAGUUUCCUAGGGUCCAGAAGGGGGCUGCAAAAUCCAUAUUAACCCUUUAUGUCCUGCAUGCUGUGUUAUUCGUGCUGUGGGCCGUGCUCCUCGCCGUGGCGAUUGCAAAGUACGCAGAGAUGUCCAAGGAGCUGGAGCAGAUGCGGACUGAGCAAUCUGUGCUCAGAGUCAACGGCUCUGAGAUGGCGAAGCAACUGGGGAUGCUUCAUUUCAAUCAAUCCACCAUGCACAGCACUGGGAAGGCGCUGGCCAAGGAGCUGGAGAGGCUGCAAUCGGACCAGGCCACACUGAGAGUGGAAGUGUUCAAGGAUCUGGCUAAAGCGAAACACGAUAGAGAUGACAUCAGGGCCGAGACCUUCAAGAUCAUGGAUGCCGUGCAGAAAGGAAACGGCACUGUCCGGUGCCAGCCUGGCUGGGAGCAGUACCGAGGGAGGUGCUACAUUUUCUCCACAUCUGCCCAGCGCUGGCAGGCGGCCAGAAGCUCCUGUUUGAGCCAUGCUGCCGAUCUGGUGGUGAUCAAUGAUCAAAUGGAGCAGAAUUACUUGGCCACUAAAGCUGAUUCUGUUCGUCACUGGAUCGGCUUCACAGACCAAGCGACUGAAGGCGUCUGGCACUGGGUGGACAACACUCCUGUGGCAUUUACGUUUUGGGCCCCAGGGGAGCCCAAUAACAUGUACAGUUUUCACGUCAGAAAUGAGGAUUGUGCCCACCUGCACGAGGGCGGCCAUUGGAACGAUGAGCCCUGCAACUUGCACUACAGGUGGAUCUGCGAAAAAGCUGGUUCUGUCUAAAUGGCCGGAGUCCUGCCCUUGCUCUGAGCACUGGCUGAAAAGUAUCCCGGCCCACGAGGCCUGUGAAUCAUUCCAGCCCCACACCAGUCCACUAAGGCUAAUCGCACAAAACUGAACACCCUUGCCCUGCCCCAGCCCUGAGGCCCUGCUCACAGAAUCCUCCCCCUCACA